UUCCAAUUAUACUCUAUACUGCGUAAUUCCUCGUUUCUACCCACACCGUGUAGCACAGUAUGUGCAUUUCGCCUUCUCUACGCGUCUUAGCAUCUGCAAUGCGGCUUGUCCCGUCUUUCCUUUCUUAAUAACCCUUUCCUAAUUUCACUCCUGUAGCCCUCUCUCUCUCCCCACUUUUGCUCUCUUUUCCCCGGCAUGGCCUCUACUUGUUCCCAGAUUCCCUCUACUAGCCAGCAAGGAAACACUGCAACAUUCACUGCCGCCCUUCGGAGCCUUGUCAACAACCCCGACUUCAGUGAUGUUAAGUUUGUGGUGGGAAAGGAGCGUCAGGAGGUGUUUGCACACCGCUGUAUUCUUGCCUGCCGCUGUGAGGUUUUCCAUGGGAUGUUCAGCCAGCAACUCCAGUCCGACAGACCCAGGGAACUGAUGGACAUUCCUGUUGUGCUCUCCGACGUGCAGCCCGAGGUUUUCUUGGCUGUGAUUGAGUUUCUAUACACCAACUGUGUAACCUUAAACAAUUGUAUUGCUCUGGAGGUUUUAACUUCAGCUGUGGAAUACGGACUGGAUGAUCUUCGAAAGCUUUGUGUGGAAUUUAUCACUGACAGUCUGACAGUGGAGACGGUCUGUGAAGCUAUGCAGGCUGCAGUAACAUAUGGUCAGAUUGAUAUGAAGGAGAAAUGCCUGGGGUUUAUCGAAAACUACACACGGGAGAUUGUGAAGACCCGGGGGUUCCAUGAGCUGUCUGACCUGGCCUUGGUGUCCAUCCUGCAGAGCAGCUUGCUACUGAUAGAUGAGCUGGAGCUGCUGUCUGCUGUCCGUGAGUGGGCCAACGUCAACUCAGUGGUUUUGGAGCGUCCGGUUCCUGAUGUAGCCAAAGACAUUGUGAGGGAGCUGCGACUUUUCCUGCUAUCCCCAGAGGAACUCACCAGGCUAGAGAAUGUGAAUCACAAAGAUAACCUCAUUCCUGUGGAGCGGAUUGCAGAGGCCUGGAAGUUUCACGCUCUGAAGAAAGGGAGCCUGGGGGCUCAAGCCCAUCUGCUGCAGAGACGCAAGGGCACCCGACCACGAGACCACCACCGCUACUUAAACCUGCCGCACAAGUAAAAGAGGGGGUUGGAGGGGUCCAUAAGGUCAGCCCCUACACCCCCGUUCAUUCCUUCUGCUCUGACAAAGGAGGUGACAGGUCCUGAUGACACAAAAGGGAGCUGCUGCUUGUCUGUCCAACUGGAAUAUGCAAAGAAGUAGGCUUCCGCUCAGGCCCCUGACACUGUUUUUCUAUAGACUGAAUCCCAUUAUCCAAACAGCGGCUGCGUGCACCUGUCGAUCGAUUUGCUACAGCACUGAAUCCAUGUUUACAUUAACUUCUAAGAAGAGGAAUGCUAAUAGGAUAAAGCUAAACAAUCCCAUUUUGAGCAGGAAUCAUCCUGUGGAACUUGCCAAAAAAGGAAUGCUUUUGUAAUCUGAAAUCCUCUAUUUUAUUAAUUGUUUUGGGGGUUUUAUACUACAGUUUAUAAUCACAAUAGCAUUCUUGGAGAAAAGCAUUAUCAUUGGAGUGUCCCUUUAAUCUUCCGUUAUUGUCAGGUUCACUGCUGGGCAAAAGUGUUGCUCUACUUCCACUUUAUUGUACACUCUAUCAGAUUUAUACAAGCGUGUUGAAUUUGUUAACUACCAUGUGAUCCAUUGCUAGUUUACAAACAUAUCACUGUACAGUAUUUAAAAUGGUUGUGAGUGAUCUAAUGGCCUGUGUAUAUCUUUGGUUUGUAUAAUAGUUGUGUGGCACAAAGAAUACUCUAACAUCUAAAGGGACUACACAGCAUAUACAUCCCUUUAUUUGUAAUGGAAUAAAAAAGUUGAAUUUGACCUAGAAUAAAAAAGAUAGAGUUUGGCUUUGCCUUAAGUUAAAUUAAGAAGUUUCUGCAUUAGAUAAAUUCUGUCCCCCAGUCUAGUCAAAACUUCAGUGUAAAGCUUUUGUUCAAAGAAGUUCAAAUACAUCCCAUAAAAGAAAUAAAUCGGUGAUAGAUGUUUUGUUUUUAGAACUUUUUCACGGGGAUGCCAUGUGUGACCAACAGUCGGUCAGACAAAGCCAUGUAUGCUGUGCAGUCACACAUGACAGCUCCAGACAGUGUCCUAUUGAAAUAGAAUAACGUAAAGGGAAGGCUGUCAUGCUUGCAUCCACAAUCUUCAAAACAUGCAUUGUGUUUAUAAUUCGAAACAAAAAUAAUAAUUGGGCUGAAAUAAAAAUGCAGCACAUUUGGUGUACUUUAAGAAUUCUUUACCAAAUGCAAGGAUGUUAUUCGUCCAUUAAGUUAAUAGAAUUAGUUGAAUUAAUACCAGUUAACUCACAUUUGUACAAUUCUGAGAUAGAUUCUCCAACUUAUUUUCCUUUUUAGCUUUUAAAAUGUCUUACUGAAAAGAGGCUAACUUCUCCUUUCUUUAGUCAUCCCAUCACUGGUAUGGCAAAGAGAAAGGUAUAUUUAUUAUUACUCAGGUAGAAAGAACCACUGGUCUCCAGGGGAAGAGAGACUAUGGUGAUACAUUCCAAAAUGUAAAGGUAAAUUAUUUGUUAUGCUAACAUAUUUGGAUAUUUUUGUUCCAUUAUAUGUCAUGAUAAUAAUGAUGAUUAUGUAUGGUAUGCUUAUGAACAUUGUAUAUAGGAUAUAGAAGUAAAAAUAAUUCUACACUUGCUGACAAAGGCCAAAAUGGUCUGCACUUCUAGCUAAAGUGAAACAGUGGGGUUUUGUUGUGGACCCCUGAAUUCAAGGAGCUUUUAUAAUAUUCAAGACAAAUGAUUCAAAGGAUCUGCUGUUAUAGACUGAGAAGGUUUCUGUGUUAUUGGUACAUGCAAUGGAUUAAUGAUUUAUCGUUGCCUAAAUUAUACAUUUUUCUGGUUUCACUGACAAAAGCCAUGGACCUUUGGCAUGCACAAAGAGGAAAACAAGCAACAAUGUUAUGUUGUUUCCGACUCAGCGACUAGCAUUGUGGUUGUUUAUUUUUUAAUCUGUGAGGCAUGGCCUUCUCUACUGCAUAAUGGAGCUAGACAGGGUCUAUAUUUACAUUCUAUUUAUGGUUUUGUUUUUUUUAUGUGACAAAGGCCAGUAAUGGCAAGCUCUUGCCAACUGUAUGUUUCUUUAAACAAACACAAGUGUUCAUUAUUUUGUAAGACAAUAGGCAAAGCAGUGUCUAGCAGUGUUGAAAAAUGUGUUUUUAGCCUUUUGGCUUUUCUGGCUUCAGCAAAAAGAACACCUUACCCCUUCGCAUUUGUUUUGUUUUUAUAUAGCUGACAUGACAGAAAAACAAUGUUGAAAGCUGCCUUUGCAGACUUUUUUGUAGAAAGAGUGAACAAAUUAGGACACAAGCGGUUCAGCCAAGCAACAUAAAUCUGGGUGCUUUGUUUCCUGGAAUAGUCUGGUUCAGUCUUUUUCCUGUGCUAAUACGAGGGUGAAGUAUUGUAUAUACAGUCUGAUUCAAAAAGGAUGCACCACCUGCAUAUAUUAAUAGUCAUGGUUGUACACUUACAGGUGUAAAGAACAAUGGUUGGCGUGUUCAUAGACCAAAUUGCAACCGUCACACUUUGAAUGUUGCAGGGCUUUUCUGUGAAAUCUCUUGUGUGCAUCAAACUGUAUUGCUGUAAAUGGUGGACACUUCCAACACUUGAAUGAACAGUUCUGCAUAUGGUGCCUUGUGAAACAUACUGUAUAUUACAGCCAGAGAUUAAUCCAGAAAGAAAAAAGAGCAAUUUCCAAUUUCUGUGAUCUAUUUAGUUUGCCUGAACUGUGUUUAUGUUAUGUUUGGUUGACUCUAACCUGCAGGUUGAACAGGAGAUUGCCCAUUGUCAUUGUGGAUUGUUUUCAGGUGUCCAGAACCAUUGCUUAGGGUGAAAGAACUGAUCUGAUGGGGAGAAAACAGGUUUAUUUUAAUAAGAAAAACAUGUUAAGAACAAAAAUGUUUUUUUGGUGUGCGGUUACUGAAGAAGCUAAUUUGUUGUAUGUUUUAACUGGACACUUUGUUAAACAUGCUGUGGGAUGCUAAGUAGACAUAUGAUAAGUUCAGUAAGUGUUCAAUAAUGGUUAACCUCAGUAGAGAACAAGCCUGCAAACUUGAAUACCUCUUUUUACAGUUUGUUGACUUUAAAAUUGUGUGCCCAGUGAUUUUAAGUGUCCAAUCGCCAUUGUAUUUGUUUUUCUUUUAUUUAUCUUUUGUUUAAAUGUGUGUUUUUUUUUUGGUUUUGCUUCUUUUGCCGUACUCCAUUCCUGUGCUUUUUUAAACUAACCCACCCAAAGGGAAUAUUUCACCAAAGCUGUGGCUGAGGGCUCUCAUUUCAGACAGCUGAUUCAGAAGAGCUGUUUUUCUGUAGUUAGGUUACAUUGUAAUGCAUUUCUCACUAACUGGGAACAUGAUUGAGGUGUUUACAAUUCCUGAUCCUCAAUAAAUGCAAAUUAUUUUCUA